AUGUCGGAUAUAGUCUACCCCCAGUUCGGCCGCCAAGUCUGGAGCGACGGCAUUUACACCCUCCUUCUGCACCUCCGCGGCACCGCCACCACCGCCGCCGAAGGCCCCUUCGACGACCCUACCUACUACGCCUACUUCGACCUCCUAAUGGAGCGCCUCUCAUUGCAACGCUACGGCCCUCUUCCCGCUGUUGAAGACUCUUUCUACAUGCCUGAGACCCCGGAAGAAACCGCUGCGCGGGAGAAAGAGGAGUCCGACCGCCAUAGACAUCUUAGUGAGGUCCUGCAUGCAAUUGAGUACUUCCAUAAGAAUCAGCCUCACCCAUUUGAUUUAGAGAGAUGUCAGAUGGCGCUGCUGAGACCGUGGCCAAGCGCGGAGUCGUCGACGUCAGUGAAGGAUGUGAGGUGGAGGUUGGAGGUCAUGUCGUGGUAUGAGGACUGGCCGGUGAUGUCGACAUCGCCGAAGGUGGGUGGUGUUGUGGUGAACAAUGUUACUACGGUGCUGUUGAGGGAGCUGGCGAACGCAGAGAUGGCGAACCCAAGGAGAAGAGACCGAAUUAAGCAUUUGCUGAGGGUGGGAAAGGCAAGUUAUAAAGACUACAGAGAACAGAGGCGAUUGAAGGAGGAAGCAAGGAAAUGGUGA